CGCCGCACAUUCUUUACGACGACGAUGACGAGCCAGGACUCGCAGACCUUCAAGUUGCUCCUCGGCAAGCUAAUCAAGACCCCCGAGUCCUUCAGUCCUGAUGAUCUCCGAAUUACGCUCGACCUCCUCUUCACACCCGACGUCGUGCAACCAGUGCAAAUCGGCUCUUUCCUGACUGCGCUGCACGUCGAACACCUCGAAAGGCGACCGGAGUACCUUGCGGCGGCUGCGGAGGUCGUUCGUGCACGAGCACUCAAGACAGCGGUACAGGACGCAGAGAACGACUUUGUGGUGGACAUCGUUGGGACGGGCGGCGAUGGGCACAACACCUAUAACGUGAGCACGACCGCUGCGGUCGUCGCUGCAGGAGCUGGUGCACGGGUCAUCAAGCAUGGCAGCCCUGCAUGGACAUCGUCCUCAGGAUCCGCAGACUUGCUGCAAUCGCUCGGGUGCCUCUUUACUGCGCCCACCGCCGAUACUCCCAUGCCUAUACCUCGCAUUCCAUUCACGUUCAUUCUCGCGGCUCAAUAUUAUCCUGUGCUUGCUGCGUUAGGGCCCUACCGAAGAGCACUCCCACAUCGGACUAUGUUCAAUGCCGUCGGCCCCCUGAUCAACCCGGCAUUUCCAAAAGGCAUGGUGCUCGGCGUGGCCGAACGCCCUCUCGGGCUGACGUUCGCCCAAUCUCUCAGGGUUGGCGGUUUUCAGCGCGCCCUCGUCGUCUGUGGCGCCGAGGGCUUGGACGAGAUCAGUUGUGCGGGCGAGACGCAUGCCUGGGAGCUCAUCGACGGUAAUAUCACAGAGAAGACGCUACACCCCGAGCAAUUCGGAUUAGAGGUGCACCCGCUGUCCGCAGUAUCUGGCGGGACGCCGCAGGAGAACGCGGAGACCUUCAAGCUGCUGUUGACGUCCGGAGAUAAGAUCCCGGAGCGGCUGACCCCAGUGCUGCACUUCGUUCUGCUGAACGCGUCGGCGCUGCUCGUCGUCGCUGGCAUCGCAACUGACUUCAAGGAUGGUGUUCAGAAAGCUCUGAGGAGUAUCACAUCAGGUGCGGCGUGGAAGGCGUUGGAGCAGUUCCGAGAGGCGGGGAAUGCUGCUGUGCAACGGGUCUGAUUGAGUGGUCAUUUUUGGGCGAGUUUGUCGGUAGACGAAAACAAUAUAUGUAUGGAGUGUUUCACAUCA